GGCAGACAGUGAGAGGGUGGUGCUGGAGCAGCUGCACACCGUCCCCUUCGUCCUCACUUCCUCCACCGACAAAGCGGCGGGGCCGGUAAGCGUGGAAUUGCCUCUCCAGGCGGACAACCUGCCCCUGGAGACUGUCUACGAACGCUUCCAGCAGACCUCCCAUGGCUUCAAGGACCUCCUCAGCCACUACCUGAGUGGGGAGAAGCCCAAGGGCUUCCUGGAGACGGAAGAGAUGCUUUUGGUAGGCAGCAGCCUGACCGGCAUUGGCGAGCUGGCCCAGCGCCCGGAUGGUACCCUCUGCCUGCAGCCCCCUUCGAACGGAGCCGGCUAUUUCCUGUGCCUGGAGGACUGGCAGACCCUGCUGUCCAGCCUGCAGUCAGCCAGCAGCUUCUGGAAAUGGACGGCUUUGGUGUGCGGCCUCGCGGCUGCGGCGGUUGUCCUGCGGGCCCUUCGUCGAGCCCACCGGAACCGCCGGCUGAAUCGGGAGCGGGAGGCCCAACGGCAGGAAUUUGAAGACUACCUGCGGAAUCACAACCAGGACGAAGAGCUACCCGCCAACGCCUGCGUGGUGUGCUUGGCCAAUCCCCGCGAGUGCGUCUUACUGCCCUGUGGCCACAUCUGCUUGUGCUUCCACUGUUUCCAGGCCUUGCCC